GCCUUGUUAAUUAAAAUGAAGAAGUUGAAAAAGGUCAACGACUGUAAAUUAGCUGAGCAGCAAACUCCAUCAACGCCAUUUUUCCAAAUGUCCCAACUUCACCUUCACCGUCUCUCUCUCCCACAAUUUUCUAUUCGUUUCGGAUUCCCGCCUUUAACUUCCUCACAUCGCCGCCGUGCAGCUUCGUCGCCGAAACCACCUACCAACAACUUUCCCCUCUCCUCAGCUUUAGAGCUCAAUUCAACAAAAGCCACCCUUUUUCGUCCUCCCACCGUCGUAAAAUCUCGUAUUGCUUGCAGGUUCAGCCAAUCAGAAGACAUUACGCCACAGUUUGAGCUGGGUAAACCACAAGACAAACGGAAACCACAAAAGCGAGCCAAUGGCAUCUUUUGGAUCAUACUUAUCAAUAUUGGCAUUUUUGUGGCAGAUCACUUCUUUCAGGUUCGAAGCAUCAAGUCUCUGUAUUUGUAUCACAAUUUUCCGGUGUGGUACCAGUUUGUGACUGCAACAUUCUGUCAUGCUAACUGGAACCAUCUCUCGAGCAAUCUUUUUUUCCUGUACAUCUUUGGAAAGCUCGUUGAAGAAGAAGAAGGAAAUUUUGGUUUGUGGCUGUCCUACUUGUUCACUGGUGUUGGAGCUAACCUGGUGUCUUGGUUAGUUUUACCGAGAAAUGUAGUUUCUGUUGGAGCCUCAGGGGCUGUUUUUGGGUUAUUUGCUAUCAGUGUCCUUGUCAAGAUGUCUUGGGAUUGGAGGAAAAUCCUUGAAGUUCUAAUAUUGGGUCAGUUCGUUGUUGAGAGGGUUUUGGAAGCAGCUCAGGCUUCAGCUGGAUUAUCAGGAACUAUAUAUGGUGGCCAUUCUUUGCAGACUGUUAAUCACAUUGCCCAUCUCUCGGGUGCUCUUGUUGGUGCUGUCUUAGUUUGGCUUCUCAGCAGAUUUCCCUCGGAACCUGUGGAUCAAGAAGAUAAAAAAUCCCCCUAAAAGUGAGGACACAAUCGGUAUAAUCGGCUCUUGUAAGGUACAUAAUAGUUUUCCAGUGAACGCACUGAUGUAACGAUUGAUAAGAGUGACAAAUCCUUGUAAAACUGAAGAACAGGCUCUAAACCGAGUUUCUUCGAGUACUACUAAUUCUUUUGAAACAGAAGUCUACCGCUAGUUUUUUUUAUGUUACGCUCUGAAACAGAAUCUGUACAAUAG